UUGGGUCGGUGUUUUCCUUGUUUUGGAUCAUCCAACAAGGAAGCUGAUACUGGACUAAAAUUUGACUCUUUGUUCUUUCUCAUUUCACUUCUUCACAUAGACAAAUCAAAAUCUCGGAGUGGUUCUGAUCCUAAGAAGGAACCAGUAGUUCCUAAGGAACCAACUGCAAAUAUUGCUGCACAAACAUUUACAUUUAGAGAGCUUGCUGCUGCCACUAAAAACUUUAGACCAGAAUGUCUAUUGGGUGAAGGCGGUUUUGGACGAGUUUACAAGGGCCGCUUGGAAAGCACAGGACAGGUAGUCGCUGUCAAACAGCUUGACCGGAAUGGCCUUCAAGGAAAUAGAGAAUUUUUGGUGGAAGUUUUGAUGCUUAGCCUUUUACACCACCCAAACCUUGUCAAUUUGAUUGGUUAUUGUGCCGAUGGGGAUCAACGUCUCCUUGUUUAUGAAUUCAUGCCCUUGGGAUCAUUGGAAGAUCAUCUACACGAUCUACCACCAGACAAAGAACCAUUGGACUGGAAUACACGGAUGAAGAUUGCGGCUGGUGCAGCUAAGGGGUUAGAAUACCUACAUGAUAAAGCAAACCCUCCUGUUAUAUAUAGGGACUUAAAAUCAUCAAAUAUUCUCCUUGAUGAGGGCUAUCACCCUAAGUUAUCUGAUUUUGGGCUUGCAAAGUUGGGUCCUGUUGGUGACAAAACCCAUGUAUCCACUCGAGUGAUGGGUACAUAUGGUUAUUGUGCACCAGAAUAUGCUAUGACCGGCCAACUCACUUUAAAGUCUGAUGUGUACAGUUUUGGAGUUGUGUUUCUUGAGUUGAUCACAGGGCGCAAGGCUAUUGAUAAUACACGGGCUCAUGGGGAGCAUAAUCUUGUUGCGUGGGCACGACCACUCUUCAAGGAUCGCAGGAAGUUUCCCAAGAUGGCUGACCCUUUAUUGCAAGGUCGCUAUCCAAUGCGAGGACUUUACCAAGCUCUUGCAGUUGCAGCCAUGUGUUUGCAGGAACAAGCUGCUACAAGACCUCUUAUUGGUGAUGUUGUGACUGCACUUACAUAUUUAGCCUCCCAAACCUAUGACCCAAAUGCAGCCGGCAAUCUGAGUAACAGAGUUGGUCCAUCUACUCCUAGAAGUAGGGAUGACCGAAGGAAUAUGGGAGAUGGGCUAGAUAGCCCUGAUGAGCAUGGACUUGUUGGGAGGCAUGGUUCACCUUCCACCCAUAAAAAUUCUCCUGAUUACAGGAAGCGGGACCAUGUUAGGGAAUUGAGUAACGGUGUAGACUUGGGCAGAAAUGAGACUGGUGGUGGAUCUGGGAGAAAAUGGGGUGUGGAUGAUUUAGAGCGACAGGAAUCUCAGAGAGAUAGCCCUGUAACUACUGGGAGAGUGAGGGAAACUCCAAGGAACCGUGAUUUAGAUAGAGAGCGGGCUGUGGCAGAGGCAAAAGUAUGGGGUGAGAAUUGGAGGGAGAAAAAGCGGGCAAACGCAAUGGGGAGCUUUGAUGGUACAAAUGAGUAAUCACAACAGAAACGCUGAUUCUUGUCACUUGGUCUUCUAGGAAAGAAAUGGUAUAUCGUUUCUCAGGGUCAUGACAAAGAAAGAGAAGAAAACUUGCAGAUACACCAUCAUUUUACCGUCUUGGUUUCCAUUCCCACCCAGGGAAUAAGAGAGUUCAUGCAUGUAUCCAACUUUGACUGUUGUUGCUUGUCCUAUGUCACUCUUGUAGUUUUGAAUGUGAAACUGAAUGCUUCAAUUAUGUGGUUGAAGGAAGGAGACGCAGUUAAAAGAGGGAAUUGGGGAAAGGGUUACUGUGAUUUUUUCGAGAAUUACAGAGAACCCUGGUGCAAGAUGAUGUAUGCAACAUGUUAAUCUAUGUAUUUAGAGCUUUUUUCUGAAGUUGAUGUUACAGGAGAUGUGGGAAAAUGUCUAAUUUUUGCCCCAUAUAUUAUUGUCUGUAAGUGGGGAAACUUAGUGGGUUUGGUGUGGAUGUCUCAAUUGGUGUUUCAUCUUGUCCUCUCAUACAGUCUUUGUGUAUGGAUUUCUGAGUCAGUCAUAUGCUUUCGGCUUAUACAAAAAAGGUUUCAUGUUCUUGUAUCUCCA